AAUUUUGUAAAAACCCUUCUCACGAGAAUCUCUCUUGCUACAAUUGCUUCCAUUUCUCCCCCUUGAUUUUCUCCUCUUUCAUUUUUGUAAGGAAAAAAAAAAAUCAGAAAAUAAUUGAGCAAAACGCAGAAAAUUAGCAAUAAAACGACAUGCAAAACGGAGGCAGUAGCAGCAACGGCGGUAGAGAGGCGCGGCAGCCGUUGUCGGAGGUGGUGGCCGACUGUGUGAUGCGGUGGUUUCAAGACACUCUCAAGGAGGCUAAAGGCGGCGAUACUAAUAUGCAAGUUCUUGUUAGUCAGAUGUAUUUCUCUGGUUAUGGUGUUCCCAAAGAUGUCCAAAAGGCAAAAGUAUGGAUGUCAAAGGCUUCUAGGGUAAGAUCAUCAGUUUGGAGAGUGGGCGAAAAGCACCCUGGCUAUAAUGCAAGUGAUUCAGAUUCUGAUGAAUUGAUGGGUGGAGCACAAUGACUAAGUUUAUCGGACAUUGGUAACUAAUUGUGCAUCAUCAGGUUUUCGUCGAUCUUGUAGUAUGAAGCUGGAAAGUGAGAAGCCAACUUGGUAUUAUUUAAAAAACUCUGGAUUUUAGAUUUGGAGAUGGAAUGCGAAAGCUGGAUGGGGGCCAUGGAAAUCAGAAGCUUGAGAAACUAAGAAAAGAAGCUCGAGCACUGUUUUUCUAUUUUAUCAUCUUCAUAAAUGUUUGUAAAAUUACCUUUCGUUAAUUUUGGAAAGAAAUUGAAUCAAGGAAGCAUAUUUUAAGCACUGUUAAGAGUAUAA